AUGUAUUUAAACCCGAUCUGUACAACAAAACAUAGCACAAAAGAAAUGGUAGUGAAACUUUUUGGAGAGAAGGCUUUAACACAGGUCACCAAAGCAGGAGGAAAUAGACGCAAAACAGAGCCUAAAAAAUUAACAAAACAGGUGGAUAGAUCCAUGAUUGAAAAAGCAAAAUUGAGUGAUCUAGAUUAUCAAUAUGACGAUAAUCAUUGGCUGUGCAUAUGCUAUCAAAGUUUGCGCGCGCAUUCAAUUAAACUCGAAUCAACUGAUUUAGGGUCACAAAAAUGCUUGCAAGAUCCAAUUUGA